AUGUCUAGUAAAAUUACCAUUAAACCCAAUGGAACUAAAAAAUCUGAUGAAUAUCCAACGAUUUUAUUUUAUGCACCAGAAAUGCAUAAUUUAGCUGAAGAAAUUCGUUCAUGUAGUACAAAAAAUCCUAUUGAAUUAGGUGAUAUUCAAUGGAAUGAAUUUCCUGAUAAAUGGCCAAAUAUAUUUAUUCGAAAUUCUGAUCAAAUUCGUAAUAGUCAUGUACUUUUCCUAGCUUCACUACAUAAUCCAAUGACUAUAUUUGGACAAAUUUCCGUUCUCUAUCAUUUACCCAAAUAUCUUUGUCGAUCAUUAAAAGUUUUAUUACCUUAUUUUCCAACUGGUACGAUGGAACGUAUUCAAAUUCAAGGUGAAAUAGCAACAGCAUAUUCUUUAGCACAAAUGCUUUCAUCAAUUCCAUUAACACGUACUGGUCCAUCCGAAGUUGUUAUUUUUGAUAUUCAUGCAUUACAAAAUCAAUUUUAUUUCUCAUCAAAUAUUAUUGUUCGACUUGAAUCAACAGUUGGAUUAUUAUUAAAUGAAUUAAAAAAAGAAGAAAAUAAUAAUGAAAAAUAUGUCAUUGCUUUUCCCGAUGAUGGAGCUCAUAAACGUUUCUCUCAUUUAUUUGAUAGUACAAAUUAUUCAAUAGUUAUUUGUAGUAAAAUUCGACAAGAUGAUGAUCAACGUAUAACAACCGUUAAAGAAGGUAAUUCAAAAGGUUAUCAUUGUAUGAUUGUGGAUGAUUUAGUUCAAUCAGGUAAUACUCUUAUUGAAUGUGCACAAGCAUUAUUACAAAAUGGUGCUACAAAUGUGUCAGCAUUUGUUGGACAUGGAAUAUUUCCAAAUGAAAGUUGGAGAAAAUUUCUACAUUCAAAUAAUCCAAGAGUUCAUUUUCAUACAUUUUAUGUCACGAAUACUUAUCCAAAUACACAAAAUUUAAUUGAUCAACCACCAUUUAAAGUACUUUCUAUUGCUCGAAUUUUAUGUAAUAUUUGUUUUGAUUAA